AUGCAUUCUGCGAACGACCACACCAAUGGUCACCAGCCACCAAUCGGACCUCGGCUAUUCUCCGUCAAGCAACCACCAUCACUGGACGAGUUCAAGACACUUACAACGGAGUCUGUUCCCUGCCACUACCCACUAGCAAGCAAGAUCGAGGCGAAUGUGCCGAUAUACGAUCUACCCGACUAUGCCUCGCUCUCCCCAGAACAACGCUCGGCAUUACAGGAUGAGUUUUACCACAUCCUGCUUUCCGGACCAGGCGUGUUCGUCACCAAAGGUCUCUGCAAAGACGUCUCUCUUCUUCAAAAAGUAAACAACGUAUACGCAAACAUCAUUGCAGAAGAGAAGAAAGUGGCGGGCAAACGCGGCGACCACUUUGCUGGAGCCGGCGCGAACGAUCGCAUCUGGAACUCCGUUUCGAAACACUGCGAAAGAGACCCGGAGUCAUUCGUGCAGUACUACUCCAACCCAUGGUUGCCUCUCAUAUCUGGAGCAUGGCUCGGUCCGCACCACCGCCUCACAGCACAAGUCAACAUUGUGAAGCCAGGCGCGAAGGCCCAGAUUUCGCACAGAGACUACCACAUUGGCUUCCAGGAUAACGAGUCUUGUGCGAAGUUUCCGAAGGCGAUGCAAGUCGCGUCACAGUUUCUCACGCUACAAGGAGCUAUCGCACACUCAGAUAUGCCAGUGGAGAGCGGGCCGACGCGAUUGCUGCCGUUCAGCCAGAAGUUUGAAGAAGGAUAUAUGGCAUACCGCUUGCCUGAGUUCCAAAACUACUUCCUUGAGAAGUAUGUAUCUGUGCCACUAGAGAUGGGGGACGGUCUCUUCUUCAAUCCAGCGCUGUUCCAUGCCGCAGGUCAGAAUGACUCUGCCGAUGUCAUGCGUUCUGCCAAUCUGCUUCAGAUCUCAUCAGCCUUUGGUAAGCCGAUGGAAGCUAUCGAUACGCACGCACUUGUUGAGAAGACCUGGGAGGGAUUGUUGGUAAUGUACCAACAGCAUGGACUAAGCGAUGAGCUCAGAGCUCUCGUCAGCGUUGUCGCUGAAGGAUACCCUUUCCCGACCAAUCUUGAUAGAAGGGUACCUGAGACGGCUGGCAUGGCACCCGAGAGCGAGCAGGAUGUUCUGAUAAAGUCGCUCAAGGCCGGCUCUGAGAAGCAAACAGUGUUGGAUACGUUGACGAGGAUGCGAGAAGAGUCGAAGACUUGA